GCGUUCAGUAGUAGCGAAGGCAACUAAACUCCAAAUGCUAGUCCCGUGAUGCCACGGUUGCCUGAUUCUGGGUAGUGGAAAUUGCGCGCGGGCUGCGCUCCAAGUCCUGUACAUCACCAUCCUACACCAUGAUCACUUUCCAUCCCUUCCCACGGCUUCCUCUGGAGCUGCGAGAGCAGAUCUGGAAGGACACCGUCUCACCGCGCACCGUCGACGUCCGGCGUGUUCGAGACAGGUGGUCUCAACGCCAUGGCCAGCUGCUCUCGUCUACGCCCAUACCAGCCAUACUACAGUCCUGCCGGGAAGCCCGCAACCUUGGACUCUACGAACGAGUCUUCUUCGAGGUUGAUGUAGUAAAGAGAUUUGAAAAUCACCACGCGCCUGAAGUCCUCAUCGAGAAAUUCUUCACGCCAGAUGGGCAGGGAGAAGAAGAGCCCGAGAAGAUAGUUUCCCCCAAGACGGAACAGCGGUAUGUCUGGUUGGAUUUCCACAUCGAUGUGCUGGACAUUGGGGCUUCUGAGUUCUGCGAUUAUAGUUCCAUCGCAUCAGCAGUCAAGCGCCUCAAGUUUGAGCGAGAUGACUCGGAUGAAUCAUGUCAACUCAUGGAGUUUGUUAGUGUCGAGGAGAUUCACAUCGUCUGCGCACGUGGCUUCUGGAUGUGGGCUGGGGCUCUAUAUGAUUAUGACUGGCCCUGCACUGAAGAAAAGCUCGUGUUUAUUGACGCAUUGGAUGGUCGAGUUGCGCGUGGCAUGGAAUUCGAAAACUUAUGUAGCCAGGACCUGGAGGACGUGCAGCCGGAAGCUACUGGCGAGGCAAUCUCCAGUGACGAUGAGCCUUGAGACUGGAUCAAUCGCCUUGUCCUUCAUUUAGGCUGUCGCUAGAGACAUGAUUUUGUUGGAAGCGGAAGACAUGGAGAGGCGUAACUCUGCUAAUGAAAUACUGUUGAUUACAUUAAAAUUGCCCAACAAUUCUAUGACUCGACGCACCAAAGUUCUCGAACACCUUCUUCUUCUUAGCAUCAUCCAUGCCAGACGAUCCAGCCCUGUACGUCUAUCCACACGACCGCAUCAAGCCAAAGCAGCUUUCCUAACCAUAUCCCCCACCUCCCUCGCAUUCCUGACACCCCCCUCA